AUGUCAAAUAGUAGCACUUCACCAAUAAGUACGAUGGAGUAUGUACAGAAAACGUUAACGCAGAUUUCUAUUCCUUAUAUUAUCAUUAUUCCAUCAAUUGGUAUUGCCGGUAACGUACUUACUAUCAUUAUGUUGUCUAAACGAUCUCUGACGAAAAAUUUCAAUAAUUGUACAUUAAUUGCACUCGGUGCAGCAGACCUUCUAUUCAAUCUAACACUUGUGUCGUUUUGUAUAAAUAAAUUGAGCGGUUUAAAUUCAGAUAGUUUCUGUCGAUUCUUAUCGUUUUGUUCUCAUCUAGCGGAAUUAUUAUCGGCUUGUUUUACUGCACAUUUUACUAUUCAACGUUUCAUUGCUGUACGAUUUCCUUUAAGUGUAUUCAUGGAGAAGAACGUUCACAUCUUGCACUAUGUUAUUGAAUCACUGAUUAUUCUAUUCGGCGUAUCAUACUGUUUAUUACUCAUCAUGAAUAACCGAUAUGACAAUUGCCAAGAACAAUUAGCCUCAAAUUGGUUUAUAUCAGACGCGUUAUCAUCAUUUGUCAUUCCAUUCAUUAUUAUUGCAACAUUGAAUUUAUUAAUUAUCUUUCAUUUGAGAAAAACUUCGCGAAAGAAUCAACAAUUGUCAUCGAUUAAUAAACGAACCAAACGAGAUCCGUUACCUUUGAAUAAUCGCAAGAAAUCAUCGAUCUCAUUCGACUCGCAAUCCCGAUCGUCGGAGCUGAAUAUUGCGUUGAAUCCAAAGCAUCAAACCAUCUAUCAAUUCAGAACAAAUGGAGUAUCGAAUGCGAAGUAUUUAUCAGUUAGCACACGUAUACGUCGCGGUGCAUCCAUUCGUUCAACAACUCGUUCUCAUGCUCAAUCGCAUCGUGUUACACGCAUGCUUAUCUUAGUAUCAACUUGUUUCCUAUUACUAAAUGCUCCAUGGCACAUAUGUACAAUAAGUUCGCAGAUCAUCGGAUAUAUUGCCAAUUCGGCAUCAUCAUCAUCAUCAUCAUUGUUACUAUUGAAUUCAACAUUUUAUACAACCGAAGAGACAAACUUGAGUUUUAUAUUAACCACACCGACGCCGAUGUUCUUGCGAGAAUCUCCGGCGAGAUCUAAAAUCAGCUUUUUAGAUAUAUUUUAUAUCGUUAUGAUUAUCACUCAGCAUUUCUUCACCCAUUUAGAUUCCAAUAUACGAAUCAGACAAGAAGACUUACAUGGUUUGCUUCUAUUAUUUCUUCGAACUCCAUCGUCAUCGAAUGGAACCGUCUUAUUUUUUCACAAGAAAUCAGACAAACACUCACGUUUUCAUCCAAAUCAACAACAAGACGGAAUUGCAUCAAUGCCCGGAACUGUUUGGACACACUUUCAAUGUGACUCGAAAAUAAGUCCGUUUAUCGGCGUGGGAUUCGGCUGUUAUUGUCCAGGUGCAUGGUGUUCAAAUAAUAAUCAAUGUUGUUCACAAAUGUGCUAUAAGAAAACUUGUUAUUAA